CUACAUCCCACCGUCCGAGAUGCCAGAGCACAAGAUCCAGUCCUCUGAGGGGCCCCUGCAGGUGAUGCAGCUUCUGGGCAAGGGGCCCCCUUCCCUAAACCUUCUUGGGCUUUGCUUGCCCCGAGUGUGAUGUUAGAUCACAAUGAAGAUGGUGCCAAAAAUGCUGUCACCUUUAGUCAAAGAAUGGGCCCCUGAAGCAUUUGUUAUUUCCUUUAAGUUAGAAACUGAUCCAUCCAUCUUAAUUGAUAAAUCCCGGAAGGCUCUGGAGAAGUAUCGUCAUCAGGUGGUGAUAGCAAAUGUCCUUGAUUCACGGAGAACAUCUGUUCUUCUUGUAACCAAAGACUCAGAAAUGAAAUUAUCACUUUCUGCUGAAGAAAUAGCACAAGGAAUGGAAAUAGAAGAGAAGAUAGUAAGCCAUCUUCAGUCUCAACACACAGCUUUUAUAGAUAAACAAAACCCUAAAAGGAAAGGACCGGCUUGUUCUAGUUCUGAAUGUUCCAAAACAAAUUGAACUUUAGGAGGUGGGAGUGAAACUGGAGGAAAUCUCUUACAGGUAAAUGGAGGAAAAAACUGAGGCAUUGUGUAUGAGGUAAAAAGAGUGACCAUCCAACAUAGUUUGGCUCAUCCAUAACUUCAUGAGUUAUUUGCUGCUUAUGUAAAAGAAAAAAAUACACUGAAAUGAAAACAUUCCCCCAA